UCGCGCGAACAUCGCCGUUCAACACCUCUACUCCCACUUGUGCAGAGCAGACGUCUACACUCACCGCGAAGCGGGUUUCUGUUUGCGACGCUAUACUGCCAUCGCUUGACGCCCUGCCUCAAGUGGACCGCUACCCCAUACCCACGCUUCCCCGCGGCUGGUCGAUUCCUCUACCCUACUUCAGCGCGCCACAUACAGCAUGAUCAGCUGUCGCAGUUCAGAUACAGGCGGCUUGGGGAAAGCCGCAGGUAUUGCCCCCAGCAACAACGAGCGCUUGAACGGCGCAAAUGGCACACACAAACCUUAUAAGAGAGCAAAGCCUCGGACGGAGAAUGACGGGCUCUUUACAUACCUGUGCAUGCAGCUAUGCGAGCACCAGGUCGGCAUAGCGGUCAACCUCCUCUCCCUCCUGUUCCUCACGCACAUCUUCUUCCCUCGAGCGCGCCAACACACACGAAAGUUCUACCACCUCUCCUACUACAAUGCCGAGAACGGGAAAUAUGGUUGCGGUACUGACGACCUGGCAUACGUCGCCCUGUGGCUCGUUCUGUUCGUGGGCUUGCGAGUGGCCGUAAUGGACUAUGUCCUGGCACCAUUGGCCAGGUGCGGAGGUAUCAGGACGAAGAAAGGCCUUGUCAGGUUCCAGGAACAGGCCUGGCUGGUCUGCUACUGCGUCUGCUCGUGGUCACUUGGAAUGUACAUUCUCUGGAAUUCCGAGUACUUCUUCAAUCUGCAUGGCAUGUGGAAAGGCUGGCCGUUCCGCGAGAUUUGCGGUCUGUCCAAAUUUUACUACCUCGCGCAAUGGGCGUUUUGGAUUGCGCAAAUUCUGGUUGUGAAUAUUGAGGAGAAGCGGAAAGACUAUGCAGAGAUGUUUACCCACCACAUCUUCACCAUUGCGCUCCUGUUCCUUUCGUACGGGUAUUACCAUACCCGCGUCGGCAUUGUCAUUCUGUGUAUCAUGGAUCUAGUCGACAUCGUACUGCCGACUGCCAAGCUGUUGAAGUACAUGGGCUACGCCAACAUCUGCGACAUCUUCUUCGGUCUCUUCGUUGUCGUCUGGCUCGUCACCCGCCAAGCCUUCUUCCCGAUGGUGAUAUAUUCCGUCUACAAGCACUCCCCUAUCGAUAUGGAGCCCGGCUGCUACUUUGCUGAUGGUACUAUGGUGGCCGCCAACGAGACAGAACGUUAUGAUGCGCUCGGCGGCAACGUUGUUUGGCCCAAUCUUGUCAAGGCGUAUACCGAUCGCGAAGGGCCCGUCUGCUGGAAUCCCACCAUCCGCUUCAGCUUCCUAACCCUUCUGUUGUGUCUGCAAGCCAUCAUCUUUCUGUGGUUCUGCAUGAUCGUGAGGGUUGUGGUAAACGUCAUUCGAGGGAACUCCGCGGAUGACGUCCGUUCCGACGACGAAGGCGACGAUGAGGAGAUGGAGGAUGUUAAGACCGGAUAUGAGGCACACCAUGUGGCGGCCGCACCGCUAGAGCAGGAAGUCGGCGUCGAGUCGCUCAACUUCGCCUCUAGGAAAAGUAUGAAUGCGAACGGCGCCGCCGCCGUGCGGAGAAGCAAGAACCAGCGCUCGACCAGAUCAAGCGGGAUUAGCAUUCCGGGUCAUGGCGACCACAAAGAGCUGCUGGGGCGCAUUGGCUGCGAUAAGCCAAGCUGAGCUCCCCCUUGGGUGGUGUUUCUGGGUCUGCAUUUCUGGUUUUGUUUCCCUUUGUCGAGUGAGCGU